GCCGAGAGGGGCCGAGCGGAGCUGGGCCGGGCUGGGGGCGGAGCGGAGCGCCGGGCGGGGGUGAGGGCGGAGUGCGGAGCGUGUCAUGUCCAAGCACGUGUUUCUCACGGGACCCCCAGGGGUUGGAAAGACUACUUUGAUCCAGAAAGUCACUCAGGCUCUAAAAUCCUCAGGUGCUCCCAUUGAUGGAUUUUACACACAGGAAGUUAGAGAAGGUGGCAGGAGAGCAGGAUUUGAUGUUGUCACUCUGUCUGGAAACCGAGGACCUUUAUCUAGAGUCAGUUCUGAGUCUUCUGUUUCAAGACGUGAAUACCGGGUUGGACAAUAUGUUGUAGACCUUGUUUCAUUUGAGCAGUUGGUUCUACCUAUGCUGAGAAAUGUUAGUAAGGAAAACAGAAACAGCAUUUUGCAAGACAUCUUGGCAGCUGUGGAAUCCUGCAGAAAAUGAAGACCUUUUCUGUCCUGUAAACACUAAAGCUUUCAUUUCAACAAAACAUUACAAAUUUCGUGGAUGGUUUAGAGUCUGUCCUUCCUGCUUUAGCCCCCUGGAGGCUUUACUGGAGCCACCAGGGUAAGCAGGGUAAAGCUGGUAAUGUUCUAAAAUGGGAUAGCAGGAUUGUAAUUUAUUCAGUUCACUGAAUUUAGAAAAUUGAACAGAUGUGUAGCUAACAUCCAGUUCUAAUCCGGGUGUUUGGAAGUUAGGUGGUCAACUCUGAUCCAAGUUAUCUCUUGUGAAAACAAAUAACUGUAAAAUCUGUUGGAGAUCUCAGUCUUUCUGAGUGUGUUCAGAUCAAUUCAAUAUCUGCAACAUAGCCCUGGUGCAACAGAACAGAACCCUGUCCAAAAUGUAGAUGAAUCCUGCCUGGUUAUGUAGUAGUAUAGCUGUUGGUGACCCAGCUUAGGUGUAUUCAAGUGUGUUUUAGCAUGGGUGCUGACAAAUGAGCAGGUAGAGGGAAUAAGCAGAUGGACUCUCUCCUCCUACCCCCAGGCAGACCUGUCUGCAGUUGCGGUAUAAGAAGGGUUAUCCAGAGUUUCAGGAAAACUUCCUGUAGUCAUGAGUGACAUUUACAGAAUUCAAUUUUGGGAGGAAAAAUAGCCAAAUCUACCCUCUUUUACAUGACCCAGACAAAAAUUUAUAAGAGGACUGCAUUUUGAAUUAAUUUUCAAUUUUCUGGUGGCAGUCCUGUCCCACACCCCCUUACAAAAAAUAUGUAUAAAAAUCUUUGAUUCCAUGAAGUUAAUAAAAUCUUGUGUUUUUCAUGCUGCGUUUGUUAAGUCAUGAUUGACUUAAUACUGCAUUUGUCUAUAUUAAUUUUACAAUCUGUUAUGUUUAUUGAUAUUUAUAUUUGGGUUUUUCUGCCUUAUUCAAUUCUGUACAUGCUUAAUGGUGAAAUAAGAAGUGUUUGAGAGUAUUAGACAAUGUGUUUCCCUGUGAGGAGUGCAGAUGUUCAAAAUGUUCAACAGAAAUGCUGCCAGUUAAUCAGUUUUGCAUGUUGUGAAAACAGAAUUCCCUCCCAGGUGCACACUGCUCAUUGUAAAAUUUAUGGUCAUCUCUGGCUGAAGAAAGUUGUUAAAAAUUCAGUUGUUUCUUAACUUUUUUUCCCGUUCAGUUCAAUGACUGUUAAAAUGAGCAAACUAUUUAAAGGCAUCUUCAAGUAUCAUUUUAUUGAUUUAUUUCUGUAAAACUGACACCUGGAGUUGUAUAGGGCUGGAUGGGGACAGGUAUUUUUACACAUGCCCUGCGAACACCUAGGAGCAUAGAGGGAAUGUUUUUUUCUUUCCUAUAUGCAGAACAAGGGUCUGGCAGAAGCAUUGCACCUCCACAGGUGGUAGGAGGUGCAUGCCAUGUUAAAGGAUGCCAUGGGCUCAUUGCCUCACUGCCUUGUUAGGACUACCUGUCUACCCAAAUCCAUUUAGAUGGUACUGCUGUCUUCCUCACAUUUGGGGAAAAAGAAAACUCCUCUUAGGGUCUCUACUUGGCAAUGUACAGCUCCGGCUGCUAUUUGCAAAAUAAGGUUGUGCUCUAAAGACACACUAAUCCCUUAAUUACUUCAGGCAUUCUACUCAGACAAAAUGCCAUUUUAGAUGUGGAGGACUUGGGACCAAAGUAAACUUUGUCAGGGCUGUGUGCCAUAGGUUUUUGGACAGAAACCUCUCUGCACCUAAGUGUUGGAUGCUCUCCUGUUUCAAUGUUAAGUCUCUUAAGCUGUAAAAUAUGCUGCAAAAGAAUAGUUCUUUCAAUGAUUAAAGAGCUCUCCAAAAUCUAGCACAGUUUUAGUGGGACUGUUGUUGAGUCUUAAACGAGAAGUGAUAUUUAAAGCUAAAUAAAAAAUGGAGAGAUUUGACAUUUCUCUGGUAGAGGCCAAAGAGAGGAAUUCUGUUAGGAGUCAGUCUUCUGAAUUCUGGUUUAGCCAGUAUUGCUGUGAGAUCACUUUAAGUGUGUUUACUCCCCAUUUGAAAAAAGUAGAUAUAUUUCUUGCAUGUAGUGCCAUGAUGCCUACUGUAGUCCCAUCAUUCAGUAGAGUGCAGAGGAAAAAAACCCAACAAUUACAACAAGAAGUUUGGGGAACUUUUGAUCAGUGCCUAUAGUACUUUAAAUCCAUUGUCUCAUGGUUUUGUACUGAGACUAGAUAGUCACUAGAAAAUGCAGGUGGAUUUUUCCUUCUCUGGAACUGUGAGUGAAAUAUCAGCCCUCUUAAACUAAUGCAUAUUUUUGCUAAUGUCAUCAGUGUCUCUUGUUUUUUGCUACCUAUCUCAAGACUGGUGAGUGUCAUUAAUUUGUUAUCCUUUUUUAAGCCCCUUUUCUCUCUGAUCUAGAGUGCUUUUCAAGAGAAAUAGAGAUUCUGUCAUCUGUGUUCAGCAGGAGAAUGUAGAUGACCUUAACAGUCAUGUCUGGCCUUUAAAUCUCAGAUGGUCCUGAAGAUACGAUUUGCCUGUUGCAAAUAUACAUCGAGUGAGUGAGAAAGUUAGAUUUCCAAUCGCAUGUAAGUUUUUGUGACAACCUGUGUUUACUUUAAAGGUAAAAGUUUGUUGUCUGGUCUUGCACUAGUAAAAUACUUGGAAGGCCUUUAAAGCAUUGUAACAGCAAAUGGAGCAUUCACAAUUCCCCUGAUGGGCCAAUUUUAUUAAUAGCACACAUUUGGUGAAAAGCACCUCUGAUGUACCAGCUAGAUUCCAGAUGACAACAUUAGUGCACCUGCAGGUUUUAAUUGUUGCAAAAAAGGGGUGAAUGUGAGGUACCAAUUACUGUCUCAGAGCCUGAGAAUCAAGGAUGUCUUUGGCACAAGUCUUGUAAUUCCAGCAUAAAAUUGCACAGAGCAUGGAAUAAACAAGGUCUGCAUUAUUUAUCAUGCAUUAGACAAUUUUUGAUGUGUAAAACUGAGAGAGGUGAAUCUUUGAUACUGGACCUACUGCGAAGUUAAUUAUAAGUAAUAUGUCUGCAUUGCAGAUUUAAGGAUGUAGAAGCACUAGUGAAACUUGGUAAUUAAGUACCAGCUCCUAAUCCAGGGAGUAAUGUAAUAUGGCAAUAAUUGGGUAUUUUAAAAAAAUGCAUUGAAGAGAAGAUGAUUAUCACGUGCUGGAGAAUCUCACUGGUAUUUCUAAUCUUCUAUAAUGAGCUGCACAAAAUUCAGCUAAUCUUUAACUUAAAUUUUCCAGUAAGAGAAGAGCCAUCAGUUGGUGGGCUAGAGAGAAAUGCAGGUGACAUUUCUUGCCUUAUUCUAAUAAGCAGUAUUUAUAAAAAGCUGUGAAUGACAUCACAGAGAGUCCUAAGAACUUAAUAGUGUCAGAAUGUCAUUCAUAGAUAUUAUCUAGGCAUCAUGUCAAGGGAAGAAGAUUCACUGUAAGUCCUUUUCAUUGACAGUUGUCUUCAGUGAAGUGAAUACCAACAUUUUCUGCCUAUGGGAAUGAGGUGAGACUUUGCAACAAAGACUUCAGUUCCUCACAGAGUAGUUGCAUGACACUACAAAAUGGAGGGAACAGUGAGUUCCUCUGAAUUUUAUUUUUGGACUAACAGAAAUGAACUUUGCAGACUACAUCCAUCACUGGUUCCUACUUGCUUGCUGUGGUGGGAAACAGCUGGGCUGAAGGUCAGGCUGGGGCUUGCCAGUUCCUGGUGGAUGUGAGCAGUUCAGUAGCCUGUGCUUGUCUUUAGUAGAAAGUUACUGAAAGUCUUUCUGUCAGAUCUUCAGGCCAUGGUUUCACUAUUACAAGUAUAGUAACUGGCUUUUACUAUAUGAUGUAAACAAGAGUCCAUUUGGGAAAGGAAAUUUUAGGAAAGCAAAAUGUGGAGGUAAGUAUCCCAUGCUCAGUGCAAAGGCUGAAGUACUGCAUUUUUGUUUGUUUUACUAUGAACUCAUUAUCCUCCCUCCUGUAACCUGUUGUAUUGUUCAUGUUCCUCUCUGGUUGCUGAGGCAGUGUGAAUAAAAUCACUCUUAGUGUUUCUUUUCAGCAGUGGUGGUGUUAAGCUGAGGUUAAGCUGGGGGAUGGCAGAAAAGGCCUCCAUCUCUUCAUCCCUUCUGACUAUUCUAUGAAAGAACUGCAUGUACAAAUGGUCUUGUGGAUUGAGCACUUGAUUUCCUCAAAGGAUGCAUUCAGCUUGCUAACAAGAUGAGAACAUCACUAUUUUCAUGUUGUAGAAACAAAAACAUUCUGGACUGGCUGAGUGAGGUAAGUGGCCUCUGCAGCUCUGGAAAAACUAAGUGUAGCACCUGAUGCAAAAAACCUUGAUGGAACUCUUGGUAAAAUGUGAUGGCAGUAUCCUUCCUGCAUCACAGCUGUAGCAAGAGAUGAGACAUGUAGGCAAACUGUUAAGCCUGAGCAGGUUAGGACCAAGUUUUAACAGUGUUCAGCACCCAUCAGCAGGGUCACAGAUGACAUAAAAGCAAUGAAAAUCACAUUUGCUUUUCAUUAAAGGCCAAAACCUGCUCGAAAAAUGGUGUACUUCCUCUUGCAACUCUGAAGCACCUCACAUAUCAAGCUGUUUUUCAGGAGUAAAGGUGUCACUCAAAGCCUUCAUGUGGAUGUAGGCACUGGUGCUGAGGACUCGGGUGCCUUUUGGUGUUAUGCAGAGCUGUUUGGAGCAGCUUAUGUCAAAAUUAAGGUUUUGUGUACAGGUUAGGUUCCUAUUAAUUAGCUUAGUGUGCAUUGGAGCCCUUAAAUGCACCUUCUGUCCCAAGCAGAGUUCACUGGGUGUAUCUCUGUCUCAUGCAAAAAUGGGGGCGUCUAAGAUGUGUUUAAUCAAUACAACCUCAUGGCUAGUUGCAGGUUUCAUUUCUAACCAUUAUGUCAGAUUAUUCUGUGGAACUGUCUCAUAUUUAAAAAUGAUGUAUAUAGCAGUAGUCUUAUUACUGUUACAGCAGACUAUCUCCAAAAAUAGGGAGAAAUGUUACAUGGGAGAGUUUGUGCCCAUUUUGAUUCUUCCUAUGUUACGUGUGCUUGUUAGCGGUCACUCUUGGGUUUCUUCAACCCACUAUGCUACAAUAGCAACUUUAAGACAAAAUAAAAACUGUAAGUCAUGGCUACAAAAAA